ACAAUAAUAUCCGGUAAACACAAAAGGUACUUUUCUGCGAUAUUUAUUUGGAGGAUAGUCUAAUUUUGAAUCAUGUUCAUAGUAGAUUGGUUCUAUGGAGUUCUAGCAUCUCUUGGCCUUUGGCAGAAAGAGGCCAAGAUCUUAUUUUUAGGGCUCGAUAAUGCUGGAAAGACAACUCUGCUCCACAUGUUGAAAGACGAGAGAUUGGUACAACAUCAACCGACUCAAUAUCCUACAUCAGAGGAAUUGAAUAUUGGACAAAUUAAGUUCAAGGCAUUUGACCUAGGAGGUCAUCAGAUAGCUCGAAGAGUCUGGAAGGAUUAUUAUGCUAAGGUUGAUGCUGUAGUUUAUCUAGUGGAUGCUUAUGAUAAAGAGAGGUUAGGGGAAUCAAAAAAAGAGUUGGAUGCUUUGCUUUCAGAUGAAGAUCUUAGAAAUGUCCCAUUUGUUGUGUUGGGAAAUAAGAUUGACAUACCUUAUGCUGCUUCAGAGGAUGAACUUAGAUACUAUUUGGGUUUAAGUGGAGUUACAACAGGAAAGGGGAAGGUUGAUCUGGAGGGGUCUAAUGUACGACCCAUUGAAGUGUUUAUGUGUAGCAUUGUGAGGAAGAUGGGUUAUGGAGAUGGGUUUAAAUGGUUGUCUCAAUAUAUUAAGUAAGAUUUAUCUAUAGUUGUUUUAGUGUAUUGUUGUUUUCCUUGCUAUUUCUUUGUGUACUUUGUUGAAGUUGUUGUUUAGAGAAAUUAAAGGUUAAAUAUUGUAUCAUAGAUCUUGUGGUAUGAUAAUUUAACCCCAAUGUAGUAACAUAUAUCGAUGCAUAUGUUAUUUUUGAAAUUUUGUUAAAAUUGAGUGUUAUAUGAGUA